AAUAUCUAAAUUGGAAUGACGGUAACGUUUAGGCAUUUAGGAGGUUAAGGAAAUAAGGACUUUGAACGACUUGAACGCAAUCUAAUGAUUUAAGAGUUUCACGCAUAAUUAUGGAUGAGUUCGCCUUUUGAUAUCGCACUACGUAUUCCAUCACGAUAGAAUAUAAACGUGCAGUAUUGAGAAAAAUGGAGACUAACGGAAACCGGCCUGGCCGCAAACUGAAAUGUGCAAGUCGGGCAGAAAUAUUACGGUCGCAUCAACGGGACGAUGAUUUCAUUAAAUUCUUGCGGGAGAAGCUGUCCGAUAUAUUACAGAAUAUCGGGGUGCACAGGACAUUGCUUCAAUACAUUCGGUCUGACAUUCCAUUCAAGUUAUUAUACUUUAUUUUUACAUCGGGCAUGGGCAAUCAAACGUUGGGCGAGGAAUAUACCGGCAUAGUACAGGCUAAUUUAGAGCAACGCAAAGUUCCAACGUUGACUGUGAGAAUAUUAGCUGCUAUUUUAGAAUGUUUCGGUGAGAGAACGUUGCUCAAAUUACUGCAACAGUUGCAAGCGUAUGUGAAUCAUCCACUUAGAGAGUUGACUCCAGCAGCGAUAAUGUUUUUAAAUACUUUACUAUCCAAGUUACGCACAAUGAUACCUAUAAUUAUAUUGUUCCACAAGGGGAUAUUUUACGUUUACGGUAGAUACUACAGCCUGGGAAGGAGAAUUGCUGGAUUAGAUUAUACAAAGAUAUAUGGACCUCGACCCAAGGAUACCGUCAGCUGGGGAUUAAGAUUAUUAGGAUUUGCUACUAUAAUUCAAUGUCUGUUGAAAAUUUGGCAAAGUGGCGUAAUACAAGAUACUGCUGCUAUAAAUACAUCUAAUUCUAAAUACAUCAGUCACAAUUGUCAGUUGUGUCUAGAAGCAACAGCAACAACCGCGACGCUAUGUGGUCAUCUAUUUUGCUGGAGCUGUCUUAGCGAAUGGUUACGUGUUAAACCGCAAUGUCCAUACUGCAGAGAAUACGUACCACCAUCGAGAAUUGUCCAUCUGAUGAAUCUGUAAU